AUGCAGCAAGCGGGCUGCUUCGCCAACUCGGCCGACCCAGUCAUUUGCCAGAGGCCGCUGGCGUCGACGGUUGCGCCUAGCAAGAGUUAUGACGGCGCCCCCCAUCCGCAGGCAGCGUGGCGCAAUGUGUACAUACAGCCGGACCGGCAGUGUUUUUGGGGGCAGAGGAUUGGCCUGCCGCCGUCGGGACCUAACAUGGUGGCCCAGCAGACCGUGCGCGCCAGUGCCAGCUAUCGCAAUCUCCUCUCCUCUCCACUGCGUGUCCAUCACAAUGGCCUGCGGCUACGGCCAACGGCAGCCUUGUCAUGUUGUCUCCAGCUCUCCGCCAUAAUUGCUCGACUUGGCUGUCCUGGGGCAAAUUGGGCCGUCGCAGGGGCGUUGCCUGUCGCACCUGUGGUGAAGAUGCGGGUGCAGGUGCCGGGCUGGGGUGGGUGGUCCAUGUGUGUAAGUACAAGGUGGCAGCGGGCAGCCGUCGUGUCGGUGAGCACGAGGUUCAGUUGGCACGGGAAAGCGGGGCAGGAGAUUGCGCCAAUCGACCCCAAGAAGACAUUACUGGCGCGGCAAUACUGCGGUCAAGCGCUGACUUGCUCGCCCGACCUCUUGAGGCUACUCUGCGUCGUCGUCGUCGGCUUCGGCGUCGUCGUCAUACGUAUCGACGACUGCUGUGGACACGGCCAUGUCGGCACGCUCCAGGGCGUCCUUGCUGGCUAG